AGCGGUUUUCACUCGUUCUUCCCAUUUUUCGGACUCAAAACGGUAAUAAAGAAGAGAUACCCUUUUUUCUAGAAAUGCUUCGAACUCGGCUUUCCCUAGCGCCGAUGUUGUCGAAGGCGACACGCCUUCAGUUAGGAAACAUCAAAACAGAAUAUGGCAUGGUGUCUACUGCCGCCGGAUCGGCAGAAAAGUGGGGGUUUCUCUUCGGCGGCAAUGUGUACCCCCUCAUUAGCAUUGGAUUAGGUGUUUUCGUGAUCUCCGCGAUGAUCACGGUUGCCGGCACGUACCAGGAGUACCGCGAUUUGCUAGUAAUGACGGAGCACAUUUCGUACGAGGAUGUGAAGGAUCGCUGCCUUACCCCUAUGCCGGGCUGGGCACGCUUACGUACAGUCCAGAUUGCACAACCUUUGGGUCCAGUGACGUACCGCGACCCCACACCUUUAGACUGGCUGCCGUUCGAGCUGAAGCUUGGCUAUGUUAAACAGGCUUCGUACUAA